UUUCAAAUCCAGGAAGGAACCUCAUUCUAUUCUGAAUGUGUUUUGACCCUCUUCACCCUGAAAUUUUCACUAUAGAAUAUAUUUGGAAGGUGGGUCUUUUUUCCUCAUUUAACGUUUAUCUCAUACACAGGGAAUAGUACUGUGGGUGUGGGAUUCAGAUUUUGAAAUGAAGCAUGGACUCUGAGUGGCCCCUUGUCCUGUGAAAGUGCGCUGGUCUGGAGAGCAGCAGUUGGACCCCAGAGUGUGGCACGUGUUCCUGUGUUCAUUUGAACAUUCUCUGAUGACCUGUCGCUGAGGUCAUGUGAUGAUGCGUAUCCUGUCUCCACCCCAACUGCCGCUGGGUUUGAACUGCCGGCUGGACCACUCACCAGAAUGGGAGGCAGCCUCUGCUGCUGUGGUGAAGGUUGUUGCCCCGAUGAACCGGAAUCCACGCACAGAUUUAGAGCGCAUAUGCGCCGUGAUCCUGAUUUGCCCCCUGAAGGUCAGCUAUAUACAGGCUUCUUCUACCUCCAGGAGUGGCAGUGGCCCUCGGUGACUUCCUGGGACCUGAUCCGGGCAGCACACUCGACGUUCUCAGCGAUUCAGGAAUACAUGGCAAGAGAUUCUCUCUUGAAGAAACUCCGCAGGAAAAGCAGAGAUGAAGACGCCGCAGAAGUGCAGGCAGAGGAACAGGCCGAGGAGAAAGAUUCCACCGAGGAUCUCCAGGAAAAGCCUCCUUGGAAAGUGAAGGAGGCCUGGAGAGAGCAGGAGAGUGCGACGGUGACCAAUCAGAUCAUCCCAGAAGCGGUUGUAGCUCGUCGCAAGCGAACAGGAGGACUAGGAGCUCACGUGAAAAGACGUUUCAAGUUUCUUUCAGCAGAGCUUCCUAGAGAGAAGUCCACAGAGGAAGUCCUGGCCGUUUUCAAAAGGGACUCAGCGUUUCAGUCAAGCGGUCCCAUGGAGGGUCCCGUGGAAAAAUUCAUCUAUGAAUCAGAUGAGGAGGCCCCACGACAGUGGCAGGUCAGGCCACCUGCUGUUGUCACAGAAAAAGCCGGCGGACUGCCUGAAGAAAAAGGUUCCAGGAAGGAGCCCCUGGAAGACAGCAACAAAGGCUCAGCUGAGGACGCUUCCCAAUAUUUGAAGGUACCAACAAGACCUCUCCCGGCACCUCCAGAAAAGGCAAAAGAGACAAACCCUGAGCAGGCAGAAGAAAUAAAACCUAGUGAGCUCAAGGAGAAUGAGGAUGUUAAAGAGCCUGAACUGACCUGUUGUGGCCUGACCUGUUGUGGCCUUUGUAUUUCAUGGUGGAAAUCACUAAAGAUACCAACAAGUCCUCUCCCGGAACCUGAAGAAAAAGCAAUAGAGACAAACCCUGAACAGGCAGAAGAAAUAAAACCUAGUGAGCUCAAGGAGGAUGAGAAUGCUGAAGAGCCUGACUCGACCUGUUCUGGCUUUUGUACUUCAUGGUGGAAAUCCCUAAAGAUUUGUCAACCUCCGGAAGGGCCGAAACUCGGUAGAUUUCCCUGGCCCGUCAGCCCUCUGGAUCGUGCGAGUAUUGGAGAAUCCCCUUCCUCUGUAGUUUUUUUUGGCCUUCUUUAAUUUUUUAAAAAAAUAUUCUUACUUUAACAUGUUUACUUUUAAGACAGAAGCUGUCAUUGUGUCAUCAUAGCUUACAUUUUAUUGCUGAAGUAAUUUUUCCAUUGUUUUAUUAGGUUUUUUUGGAUCUUUGUCCACUCAUUUUGGAGUUUUUGUAAUUUUGAUAGGUGUUCUUUUAUGCUUUGUAUUGUUUUCUUAAUGACUUUUAGCUUAGUUUUUAACAAAUCCAUAGUACAGUAAGUUAUAUUAAGACAGUAUUUCAGCCAGGUGCGGUGGCUCACGCCUGUAAUCCUAGCAGUUUGGGAGGCCGAGGCAGGCAAAUCACAAGGU